AUGAGAGAGAUAGAGAACAAAAGACGAAGUGGGGAGAUGGAAUAUAAGGAAAUCGAGGAGAAGGAUAGGCAGAUACAGGAAGAAGAAAGAUGGGAAAGAAUAAUGGAAUCAAGAUAUAAUAAAUGGUACAAAAUGAUAAAGGAGCCAGGAAUUCCGAGAUACUUAGAAAAAGGAUGGAGAGAGGAAAGAUGGAGAAGAAUGGCUAGAUUCAGGCUAGGAAACGAAAUUAAGGAAUCAGAAUACUGGGAAAAAGAAGACAAGAGGAAAUGUAGAGUAUGCGGGUGGGAAGAGGAAACGUGGGAACACAUAUGGGAAAGGUGCGCUAGAGGGAAAACGAGAAAAGAGGGAUGGCAAGAGAAGGUGAAAGAACUGAUGGGAGGAGGGAGAGAAAAGGAACCAGAAGAGAAGGGAGGAAGAAAAGAGAAAGAGGAGGAGGAUGAGGAUGUAGAGGAUAUUAAAGAGAAGAAAGAUGAAGAUAAAGGGGGAGAGGAGACGGAAGAAGAAGAAGGAGAGAAAAGUAGGUGGAGAGAAGAACGAAAACAGGAGAAGGAAGAGGAGGAAAGCUGGGCGGACAGCUGGGAAAGGAUAAGAGAAAGGGAGAGGAAAGAAAGAAGGAGCAGAACUAUAGUUUGGAAAAAUGUAGGAGGAGAGGAGAAAGAGGAAAGGGGUAGAAGAAUAAAAAUAAUGCUGCAGAUGGAGCUGGGGAAGAAAGUAGAAAUAAGGAAGAUGACGGAGGUGACAGGAGAUGGCGGAAGGAAAAUAGUUUUAACAGAGUUGGAGGAGGAGGAUGAUUGCAGGAAAAUACUAAGGAAGAAAAACUAUAUCUGGGAGUUCUGGAAGGUGAGUGUGAAGGAAGAUCUGUCAAGGGAGGAAAGGAGGAUAAGAUGGAAAAUAAAGGAGAAGGCUAGGGAGGAAAGAGCAAAGGGGAAGGAAGUAGAGUUUAGUAACAGAAGGUUAUGGAUAGAAGGCAAGGAGUGGUUGUGGGAAGAGAGAAAAGGAGAGUGGAAGCAAAAGUAG